AAUAGACACCCACGUGAGGAAAGAUGUCUUGUAAAAAAGUACAUGGAAAAUUGAAGAAAAAAUUAAAGCAUCGUCCUGACUUCAAGAGCAGAGAAACAGAAUUUGGAGACCAAGAAACAGAUGAAGCUUCUCAUCAUCUUAAACUUGCCAUGUGGGACUUGGGUCAUUGUGAUCCUAAGAAGUGCUCAGGACGCAGACUAAUAAGAUUUGGUGUUGUUAAGCCACUCCCUAUCUCCUCCCAUUUCCCUGGAAUCGUACUUUCACCUCAGGCCCAGGAGUGUGUCUCGUAUGAGGACAAAGAUAUUGUACUAAAGAAAGGAGUAGCUGUUAUUGACUGCUCUUGGGCCAGGCUAGAAGAGACACCGUUUCACAAAAUGAAAGGAGGACAUUUGAGGCUGCUUCCUUACCUGGUGGCUGCUAAUCCCAUCAAUUACGGGAAGCCUUGCAAGCUCUCGUGUGUGGAAGCUUUUGCUGCCACUCUUCUUCUGGUAGGAUUCCGCUCAGAUGCUGAGGGAUUGCUCUCUCGUUUUAAAUGGGGGCACGCCUUUCUUUCCGUGAACAGUGAUCUCCUUGAGAGAUAUGAAGGAGCAAAGACUGCAGCUGAGACUUUGUCGGUCCAACAGAAAUGGUUGGAAGAGUUAGAGAUUGAUUCAAUGAAAUCACGUGAUAUUAGUUAUCCUUCUUCUUCAUCUUCUGCUUCAUCUUCUGAUGAAUCCGAUGAAGACAUCAAUCCUGAGAAAACAUCUCCAAUUAAGGAUGUCAAUUAAAGACAGCGCAUGCUUGUAUAAAGACUUGUUUACUCUUAGUUCUGUAGUUCAUAAAUUUCAUUCAUGCGCAAUUGGUUGGCUCAAAUGGCCAUUUACACCAUUUGUACAGUCUCUCUCUCUAAAAACUAUUGUAUCCUUUUACUCUUUUAUGAUAAUUUGAGUACUACUUUUUCUAAAUUCUUGUAUUUUCAUCUUCACAAUAUUUUUUAUAAGAGA